AUUUCAUAAUUUCAUCAUUUAUUAUUCUCAACAAACAAAAUUACAAUGAAAAAAUAAAGUGAGAAUGAGAAGAUUGCUAUUUAUGCAUCAUAGAUGAUGAAAUUGCAUGGGAAAAUCUUUGAGAAGAAAAUAACAAAAGUGCCUUCGAAACAGUAAUUUGAAAGUCAAUCCCAAAAUAUCUCGAAUAAUAACAGCCCUGCGGUUGGAAGACAGAAGUCAUAUGAAAAUUUAUUGAAAGUAAAUAGAACAUUCAUAAACCCAACACUUUAAGUAUCAUAACAAAAAUUAAACAGCAUUUUAAAUGUGAUGGCAGGCUAACAGAUGAAACCUAAAAAUUAAAGUUUAUUUAACAAUGAAUUAAUCGACACAGUGAAGAUAUCUCAUAAAUUAAGAAAGAAUCAAUCUAUGAUAUAAAUAGAACAAUAAUCACCUCAAGUAACAAAAAACUCAUCUUUUCAUCGUCCUAACUCAAGUGUGAAGAUAAAGAAUAGCAAUAGUAUUUCUAGUGAUUAAACUUAAAUUCAAAAGAUAAAAGAAAAAAUUAAAAUGCUUUUGCAAGAUAGAGAGAAUAAUUGGUAAUAGGAUUAAAAAGAAAUGUCAUUCAUGAUUAAAUUUAACCAAGUUCUAAAUCAAUUAUUGGGAAUUAUGUUUUAAGAUUAACAAAAUACAUAGCCAGCUUCAACUUAAGAAACAAAUUAAGCUCUUUAAAUUGAUCAUUUCUUUAAGAGAUAAAUUCAGAUUCUUUAACAAUCCUUUUAACAAUAAAUGGAAAAGAAGAAAAUUGAAAAUAUUCUCGUUUCACUAAAAAAGAAGCAUGAAAGUCUUUUAUCAGAGCAUAAUUCUUUAGUAGAAAAUAAGAAGUCUCAAGAUGAAAUAAUUAUUAAUUUAUAAUAAUAAAUAGAUGGAUUAUAAACUUAGGUCAAAGAACAUAACAAUGUGAAUUAGAAUGCUUCUGGUAAAGCUAUAUUUUUAAAAUAGAAAUUUUGGAAUUAAAGUAUUUGGUGCAAGGAUAAUUCGAAGCAAUACAAAAAUUACUUUAAAGAGAGCAAUUGACAAAGAUCUUCUUAAAACGAGUUGGCGAUAGUUCAAUUAUAGAGUAAAUAAUUUAGAAUAAAGUAGAAUGUUCGAAUAAUUUAUCUCAAAUGCAGAAUAAGGAAAUUAAGAUGAUACAGAAGGAAAUUUAAAUAUUGACUUGAAUCCAACAAACUAACCUCCUAAUUUUAAUAAACUAUAAACUCCUAAAUAGAAAAGAAAUUCUCCAGAUUAAAAUGCUUACUCUACUUAAGUCUUAUCAUUAUAUGAGGAUAAUUAUAAAUAGUAACUAAACUUAUGUGAUUCAUUAUUGGCAGAUGAUUCAAGUAUUCAUAGACAAAUCAGCAUUAGGAAUAAAUGAUUCUGAAGAAAGCAGUUUUGAUUAUAUAGGAAAAGAAUAAGCGACUGAAAUAAGUUGUUACUUUAAUCCAGCAUCUCAAUUUGUUUAGCCAAAAAUUAAGAAAAAAAACAAUUAGAUUAUUUCUAAAGAGAAAUUGAAAAUUAAUAUGAUGGAUGUGUUAUUAGCACAAGCUGCGUAUUAUAUUUUAAAUUAAUAUAAUGUAGUUAAAAACAUUAAGAAAUUUUGGAAUAAUAAUAGUAAUAGUAGAAAAUCUUGCCAGAAGAUAUACUGGAUGAAGAUUAAAAUAAUCAAGACCAAUCUGAUGAGGAGGUAUUUAAAUCUAAGAAUUUAGUAUUGA